CAAGGAAACAGAUUAGACAUGACAGUCAUACUGAAUCGAGAAUUUUGUUCGAGAGUUCUUUCUUACCUGUUUAUUUGUUUCCAAAUUGAUGAUUUAUAAAACAGUCGCAAUAUGUCGAAGGUAGAGAUAGCCACUUCAAAAGAAAAACUCGCUUCUCAAUCAAAGGAAGUUAUUAAAGAUGGAUCCAAAUUAAAAGUUAAUAUUGAAACUGAACCAGCUCCGAAACCUGAAGAAGGGAAAAAUAUGUGGUGGAAGAAGAAAGCGCCACCGCCGAAAAUGCCUUGCGAAGUCCUAACACCCAAUGACAGUAGAGAUCCAAGUUACACAAAUUUAACAUUGCCAUAUAGAGUUAUAUGUCGACAACGAUACCAAAAAUGCUCACAGAAAUAUCGAAAUCAAUUCAUUAGCGAAAUUAAACGACAAGAGGCCAUGCAGUUCAGGGCGCUAGAUGGCAUAAGGAUACGAAGGGAAUUUUGCGAUCCUUUGAUAGAGCCACUUCCUCCUGAGGAUACAAUCAAGCUAACUCCGAAACAACAAUAUAGAUUAGAUGAAUUAUUAAAGACACAUUUCUAUUGAAUAACCGCAUUGGAAGAACCUAUAGAAUAGGAGCAAAAUAGAAAAAUAUUUAUAGAGAAUCAUGUUCCCCUUCAAGUCCAUUAAAAGCAGCAGCAAGGAAUUUCUUUUA